AUGCCGGAACAAUACAGCCAGCCUGAGCUUGGGUACAAGCUCGAUGCCCUUGAACCUGCUAUCUCAGCCCAGAUUAUGGACCUACAUUAUAAUCGCCAUCAUAAGACCUAUGUUGCAAAUCUCAACAAAGCCCUUGCUUCUUACUCGGAUGCGAUAAAUUCCUCAGACCUCAUCAAACAACUUGAACUACAGUCCGCUAUAAAGUUCAACGCCGGUGGUCAUAUCAACCAUACCUUGUUCUGGGAAUCACUAGCGCCAACUUCGAGCAACUCUGAGGACGUUGCGUCCUCGGCGCCGUCCCUCGCUGCCGCCAUCUCCAAGCGCUGGGUCUCUUUCGAUAGCUUCAAAGCUGCUUUUGAAGCCGGAGCACUCGCGAUUCAGGGCAGUGGCUGGAUGUGGCUUGUGAAGGAUGCGGCAACCGAUGCUCUCGACCUAACGACCUCGAAAGAUCAAGAUUUACCCGCAGGCGGAAAGCUUAUCGUGCUAGGUGUGGACAUGUGGGAGCACGCCUACUACCUACAGUAUCUCAACGCCAAAGCGGAUUACCUGAAGCAGAUCUGGAGCGUCAUUAACUGGCAGACCGCAGAGAAAAGAUUCUUGGGAGACAAACAGGUGAUAUAUGGUGCUCUGGCUGGCCUGACAAGCCAUUUGUGA